AUGUCAGUCAUCGCUAAAGCUCUGGGGCUUUCCCUCCUCUUAGUAUAUCUGCAGGACUUAGAGGCAUCCUUGGAAGAGGCUGAGGAAGAUAUUGAUAUCCUAGAGACAAGACUUGACAAGGUGGUGAAAUUAUGCAACCACAUGAUAGAAGUUGGGAAGACAUUCAACACUGCAAAUAUAAACUUUACAAGGGGUGUUCAAGAACUUGUGAUGUAUUUUAAGCAAGAUGAUGUCGUCUCUCAAUCCCUGGGGAGAUUCACACAUGACAUGACUGAAAUACAGAAGUACCAAUCUAUUCUGUUGGACCAAGCACACAGAUCUAUCUGUAAAACACUACACAAUUUUAUUAGGAAUGAUAUUCGUAAGAUCAAGGAGGCUAAGAAGCAUUUUGAUAAGCUCAGCGAUGACAUGGACAAUGCCCUUGUGAAGCAUGCCCAAGCGCCCAAGUCUAAACCACAAGAGUAUGAAGAUGCACAUAACACACUGACAGCUAUGAAGUCAGCAUUCAGUCACACAUCUCUGGAUUAUGUCUUCCAGAUGAAUAUUCUUCAUUCCAAGAAAAGAUUUGAUGUUCUCGAUACAAUGCUGGCAUACAUGCAUGCCCAGAAUGCCUACUUUCACCAAGGCAAUGACCUCUUCAAUGACCUUGAACCCUACAUGAAACAACUGGCCAAUCAGGUGGAAGAACUGAGUGCUAAAGCUGCUGUUGACCGUAAAGAGAUGGAAGAGAGACAUACACUAGUACAACAAAAGGAGGUGGUUGAAAGUAGCGAUGAAGAGGCAUCAAGUGAGAAUGAGAGUGAGGCUGCGGACAUAAAGAUGGAGGGAUACCUAUUCAAACGCACCAGUGGCAAGUUCAAGUCAUGGGUCAGAAGGUACUUCAUGAUCCAUGAGGAUCAGCUGGUGUAUCGUAAGAGAUCCAAGGAUAACCUGACCAUUAUGGAGGAAGAUCUCCGAUUGUGCCUUGUAAAGCCACAUGUAGAGCUUGACAGGAGGUUCUGUUUUGAAGUUGUCUCUCCAACCAGGAGUCACAUGCUACAAGCAGACUCUGCCGAGGAGUGUUCUGCCUGGAUCACUGCCAUACAGACUGGGGUUAGUCAAGCAUUCAGAGAUAGAAGCAGGAGUUUACCAACUAAAGAACUUGAGCGGGUGAAUACAAAUGGGCCAAGCAACACUGAAGCUACUACUGUCUCAAGCAAAUCUCCUACACAGAGCACCAGUACAUCAUCCUCAGGGGAGAACAACCCAAGUACAACAGCACCUCACCCUGUUACAGCUAAACAAACCAGAAUGAAACAGCUACUGUCUAUACCUGGGAACAACCAAUGCUGUGAUUGUGGCUCUACAGAACCUAGAUGGGCCAGUAUUAACUUAGGGAUCACAUUAUGUAUAGAAUGCUCUGGAAUUCAUAGGAGCUUUGGUGUUCAUAUGUCAAAGGUGCGCUCUGUGACAUUAGACUCAUGGGAACCAGAAUUACUGAAGGUGAUGGCAGAAUUGGGGAACACUAUUAUUAACAGAAUAUACGAGGCAGAUGUUCCCGAGUCAUCUACUAUCACCAGGGCAACAUCACAUUGUAACAGGAAUGUCCGAGAAGCAUGGAUUAGGGCUAAAUAUGUUGAUAAAUCAUUCAUGAGGAAACUACCCAAAAUAAACAUACAAAACAAUGGCGAGGAUCAGAUAAAGAAAUGGAGUGUGGUGAAACGAAAACGGCGGUCGCCCAGUAGACAGUUAUCACCAGAGGAUGCAGUAGCUGAAGGAACAAAGAAUAAUACUCAAAUGGUACAGGGUGAGAGUCAAGACAGUGGUUUAGGUGGCAGCACGAGUGAUGUCAUACUAUUCGGGGCAGGACUCGAUACAUCAGCAGAGAUGGCAGAUAAUGUUCUAGUGGACUCGGAUGAGUCUUCCACCAGCGAGACAGAAGAUGCUGACACUAAGUCCACAACAUCUCUGGAGGACUUCACAAAACUACACCCAGAUAUGUUACUUUAUAAGGCUGCACAAGCUAGGAACCUUCCUGUGAUGCGUGAGGCUUUGGCACAAGGUGCUGACCCUAACUGGUCAAACGAGGAUGAUGACAAGAAGAACCCUUUGAUGGAAGCCACUCUGACUGGCUCAAUUGCUGCUUGUGAGUUCUUGUUGCUUAAUGGUGCUAAAGUGGACAAGACGGAUAAGAAAGGAAGAACAGCAUUACACCAUGCAACCAUUAUGGGACAUACGGGGCAAGUUUGUCAGUUCCUAAAGAGAGGUGCCAACCAGCAUGCAGUAGAUGAGGAGGGAAAGGACCCCCUCACUAUAGCAGUUGAAUCUGCCAAUGCUGACAUUGUGACUUUACUGAGACUUGCCAAGCUGAAUGAAGAGAUGAGAGAAACAGAGGGAGUCUUUGGGAACCCUGGUGAUGAAACAUUUAACGAUGUGUUUAGAGACUUUGCUACUAUGGCUUCAGAAAACCCAGAAAAACUGAACAGAAACAAAUGAUGCAACAUGCAGAUUUAGCCAAUAUGUCACCGAGUGUACAUGUACUUGUAUGUAGGUCAUCUAGAC